AUGAGUAGUGCCUUCGUGGCAGCGCCUCCGACGAGGCUGGCCGCCCCGCGCACUCGGCCAUCAGCAGCGCAGCAGCAACGCGAUGCCGCAGCCUCUGGCGACGUGCGACGCCCCGAGAGAGCGCCAUCUACGGAUCCGUUAUCAGACAAGGCAACACUGAUGCUUAUACGCCGCGUUCUCUGCCCCCAGAAAAUCGGCGACAAAGGCCGCGACGAGGUUCCCCCGAUCGAGGAGCUACUUCCCUCCCUGACGAGCCGAAACGACGUCGAUCUGCAGCUGUAUGCAUUCCUGGCUAUAAUAAUACGCGAGUCUGUGCAAGAUUGGUACAACAAGAUCACGCCCGACGAGACAUUCGUUGCCGAGGUCCUGCAGGUCAUUGCUCACUGCAGUAGGGCGCUUGAGCAGCGCUUCAGGACACUGGAUGUGGAGAGCUUGGUGCUGGAUGAGAUACCAGAUCUGCUGGACAGACAUAUAACAGCAUAUAGAACGAGCCAUGGCCCAAUGUCGCAGGAGCCGGUGACGGUUAAUCCGCGAGAGGUGUACCAUGCACUGUGUCCGCUACCCCAGCUCUCUCCUUUGCCUAGAGCUGUUGAUGAGAACUCUGUGCAGGAGCAAACGGAAAAUGAAGCAGCCUAUCGCCAGCUCCUGGUGCAAGCCGUUCUUGCUAUCCUGCUGCCGACGGAAGACUUGGAGAAUCCAUGUCUGACCGCCAUUGUUGGACAAAUCUUCUCGGAGCUCAUCGUCGGCAAUAUUAUUGCAGGCAAGGCAUCGCAGCCCUGGCUCCUUUAUGAGAGCGUUUGCAUCGCGGGCAGGGUUCUCGGCGAGAAGAAGACACGGGCUACGCAGAGAAUGGUCUCUGGCCGGCACGCACCCCCGGCGAAGGCCAGAGGCAAGACGGAGCGCAUAAAGUGGUCAGCGCAAGCCGUAUUCUUGACUAUGAUCCACUUUGCGGUGAUGAUAUUCUCCUCUGCCCGGUUAUUGAUAAUCACGCUCGUGGCGUCGUCCUCACUGCCUCUCCGGCAAACAGCGGUGGGCGACAUGGGCGCGAGUAGCAAGUCACGCGACGACGAUGAUCAUGACAAGCCUGUCAAGGUCCCUGUUCUCAGCUUCAAAAUAUGGCAGUGCGUAGGGAACCUUGUUCAGCUGGAUUCUCGAAUGCCGUGGCUUUCAGGAACCCUCUCGUGGGUGCAGUAUCAAGCAGUCUAUGGGCCAGGAAGACUGGUCAGCCUAGACAGCCCACUUGACCGGCUGCUGUCCCACUACAUUCAGCGACUGUUCUCGGCGUCACACCUGCCCGGCGUGCUGCGCACCCUCCGGGGCGUGCUCUUCCCCAACAACGCACCUGGCAAGUCGACCCUCGCGCCCCCGUCCUCGCACGACGAGUUUUUGGCGCUGCGCAAGAAGGCGGCCGGGGCCCUGCUGGGCCUGCUGCCCACGGGCGUGGCCAAGGUCUACCUGGGCGGCGGCGCACCAUCGGACACGGCUGCUGAUGCGCAGAGCGGCGGCGGCGGUGCCAUGGUUGAUGGCAUGGAGGACUUGCUCAUGGUGCUGAACGACGAGUACUGCAACAAGCAUCUCAUGUACGGUGUUCUGGAGCUGGUGCUGGUUCGUCUGAUGCCGGAGCUUAGUGAGAAAGGCGUAGGCGAGCUAUGGGAAGAGAGGCUGGGUUAA